GGCGAAUUUCUCUGCUACCAGCUGACCCAACACUUCCUUCCACCAACUCCAUCUGACAGUAACGGAACGCAUUAAGUGGAAUAUCCCACAGGAAUUUAUUCGGCUUCAUAUUUUUUUGUAUCUCUCGGGGCUGUUUGAUCGGCAUGGAGUGCGGGGAUGCCUCGAAGCAGAGUCGGCGUUUUUGCGUUUUGUCCUGGGAUCAGGUGCAGCGUUUGGAUUCCAUUCUGGGAGAAGCUGUGCCCAUCCACGGCCGCGGAAACUUCCCCACGUUGUCCAUGAGCCCCCGAAAGAUAGUUCAGGUGGUGCGGGCGCGGCUGGAGGACAAGGGAGUGCACGUUAAAGACGUGAGGCUGAACGGCUCGGCCGCCAGCCACGUGCUCCAUCAGGACACCGGGCUGGGCUACAAGGACCUGGAUUUGAUUUUCGGCGUGUCGCUGAAGGACGACCAGGCCUUCCGACUGGUGAAGGACGUGGUGUUGGAUUGCCUCUUUGAUUUCCUCCCGCCCGGAGUGUCCAAGGAGCGCAUCACGGCGCUGACCCUCAAGGAGGCCUACGUGCAGAAACUGGUGAAAGUGUGCAACGACGCGGACCGCUGGAGCCUGAUCUCGCUGUCCAACAACACGGGCAAGAACGUGGAGCUCAAAUUUGUGGACACUUUGAGGCGGCAGUUUGAGUUCAGCGUGGACUCCUUCCAGAUCUGCUUGGACUCGCUGCUCUUGUUCGACCGCUGCUCGGAGACGCCCAUGUCGGAGAGCUUCCAUCCCACGGUGGUGGGCGAGAGCGUGUACGGCGACUUCCAGGAGGCCAUGGAUCAUUUGUGCCAGAGGACCAUAGCCACCAGAAGCCCCGAAGAGAUCCGAGGGGGCGGUUUGCUAAAAUACUGCCACCUCCUCAUACGGGGCUUCCGAGCGGCCUCCGAGUCGGACAUGAAGCAGAUGCAGCGCUACAUGUGCUCGCGCUUCUUCAUUGACUUCUCCGACAUUGGCGAGCAGCAGAGGAAACUGGAGGCUUAUCUCCUCAACCACUUUGCCGGCAUGGAGCACAAACGCUACGAGUGCCUGAUGACGCUCUACCAGGUGGUGAACGAGAGCACCGUGUGUCUGAUGGGCCACGAGCGGCGCCAGACGCUCAGCCUCAUCUCCAUGCUGGCGUUGAAAGCGCUGGCCGAGCAGAACGCCAUCCCAACCGUGACCAACGUCACGUGUUACUACCAGCCGGCCCCCUACGUGCAGGACAUCAACUUCAGCAAUUACUACAUCGCGCACGUGCAGGCGCCGCACGCCUCGCCGUGCGCCGCGUCCUAUCAGACCCCCUGGCUGCCCUGCAGCUGAGGCCAGAAAAGACGGGUUGAUUGUCUUCCUUCUCGCUGAAAGAAGACUGAACACAGACAACGACAAAAAAAAGUUUGCCAAAUGCGACUCGAUUGAAACAAAACACACAAAACGAUACUGUUCUGCUGUACGUACGAUUGAGCCGACAGAUGACGUCCGUGAGAGUGCUGGUCAUUUAAAAAAAAAAAAAAAAAAGAUGUAGCGAUAAUGUCUUAUUUAAAACUUAAAAAGAAAAAAAAAAGUCUUUGUGGAGCUUUUUUCAAUAGAAAUACAAUCUUUAGGAGACAAACGUUAAAGCUGAUGUUAUUUUCAUACUCUGGCUUUUAAUUUUUGUAAAAUACUGGACCAAAGAUGUAUUUUUGCUCAGAAAGGGAAUUCUUUUUUUUUUUUUUUUUUGCUUUGCUUUAUGAUUCCAAGUGCCUAAAAAUGACCUGUGAAAUAUUCUCGAGAUGUCUGUAACGUGACAACUGUACAUUCAGGUUUUUUUUUCCUCUCGAGAAUACUCUGUCUGUCUUUAAAGAACAGAAGCAUUCAUUUUUUGUGAGAUUAAAAAAAAAGCAAAAGUCA